AUGUACGUUGUCGAAAUGGGCCUAGGAGGUUGGCGACCAGGCGCGUUAGAACUGAAGAAGUAUAAUCACGUAAUGCUCGCGUGGGUCAGAGAUCCGGUUAACCCGUCCAUUACGCGGACCAUAUGCUGGUCUAAGGUUGAUCAUAACAAGCUCCGACAGCUCAGAAUCGAGCGAGAACAGCGUCCAAGCUUGAGCUACGCACUCUCCGUGGUUCCAACGUUAAGCCUAUGCUUUACCACUAUGUUUACAGUCCGAGCAAUAAGGGAUAAUGCCUUUGAGGCUGGAUUUACGACCUGUGACGAAGUACUUAACCCUGGAACACUCGAGGAGGGCGUCGACUUCGUAGAGUUGCGCUGGAAAAAGGAGUUUAGGGGUGAUGAUAAGCAUAUUAUGCCAAUGAAUUAUCGCAGAUUUCUUGAUCUUUGGAACGAAGUGCGAAUGGUAUUGGGAUCCCGAUCUGGCUUCCGUCCCUACUCAGUUCGUGUUGGCGCGGUGGGUAGAUUAGAUGACAUAACAGAGCUUCGCAAGGAGCUGAAACACAUCACAGCCCAAGAAGGGUCAUCUAGUCAAGAAGCAAAGAAAGUCUCAUCGCGAAUUAGAUAUAUUCUAGACUGCCUAGAGAAGCUACAAGUUCGGGAAAAGCGCCGCAAGUACUUUGAGGAAGCAGACAAGUUGCGAGCAAUGAACCAAUCGACAGCACAUCUCAAACAAGAGGUGCAAAAUUUAAAAAGAAAGAGGUUCGGGAAUAGCAGUGCCUACGCUGCCAAACUGGCUAGUCUUUUAUUCCAAACAAACAUCACUUCCGGCCUAGCCGACCGUCUUGUCGCUUAUAUAAGCGGAGCAAGCGGGCAGAGCGAGAUUGGAGAUAUUUAUUCUUUCGGAAAGAAAUCAAAGGAACCCGCGCGAUGUCUCUUUGGCUGCGGAACCUUCUUUAACACGUCAGCGCUCACAAGACAUGUUCGCCAUCUACACAUGCAUAUCUUCAAGGCCCGGUUCUUGUGCCCCGAGUGCAAGCGGAUGAACCUUGGAGAUGUGGUGAUUGAGGCGAAUCCCUGUGCCUGGAGUAGCCAUGUUCGAAGAGUCCAUGGUGCAGUUCACACCCCAAACCUAGAGUCUCUACCGGAUGUUCUUUGUCUUUUGUGCGACCGACAAUGCAAACAGAGAGGGUUCUCUCGCCACCUGAACACUCAUAGUGAGCUGUUUGACGAGCCAAUCUCAUGUCCAGCAUGCCUACAAGAGGGCAGGAAGGUCGAAAUCGAGGGCAUGGGAGGCUGGAUCACCCACGUAGCAGACGUUCACGGAGGUGACAGAGUUCUCGGAGCCAUAGAGGUCUACAAGACCUCAUGUUCAGAUGCUGAAAUCGCUCCAAUAGACAUGAACCCUGCCGAGGCGCAAUACAGAAAAGAGCUUGGGAGAAGACGACAAGUGGACCGCAAGAGAAAGGUAGGUAACGCUAUACCAUCGGCUCCCCUCCCAUAUAAACGGGCGAAAACGGCCUUAUCACAACCUUACGCACAUACUAGUGGUGACUCGGAUUGGGAAGUCUCAUCACCUGAUCCUCACGCGGAUGAAGAGUUCUGGGUUGAUGGAAGGGAGUAG